AUGGUGGCAGUCGGUGCCUUCGGGGCAGCCGGAAUUAUAAAGAAAAACAAGUCGUAUCUUCAGACAUACAUCACCCUUCUUAUAUGUCUGGCGAUUUUGAAAAUCAUUCUAGGUAUUCUGACAUUUGCCAUGUACCCUGUGGUAGAAAAGGAAAUGAAGGAUCGAUUGAGUACGUGGUAUAACGACAGUGAAAAUUACGAAAAAAACAUCGACGAGGUGCAAGAGAUGUUCGAAUGCUGCAGCGCAUUUGGUUUGGCGGAGUGGGACGUUAAAAAACUCCCGGACUCUUGUUGCCCAGUCAGCCCACAAGACUGCAAUAAGGAUACGGCAUAUCAAACACCCUGCUAUAGCGCCAUAGUGAAACAGGUUGAAAAGAAAUUCAAGGUCAUCGGGGGGCUCUGUUUGACAAUACUGUGUUUAGAGAUUAUGUGUUGCAUCCUUGCUGCAAUUGUAAUCUAUAACUUUGCCCGCCAAGUAAAUCCCCCUGAGCCAACAAUAGACGAAGCCCCUCCAACUAGCGCAACUUAG